AUGUCAGGAAGUCGAAGAGAAACUGCUGAGCUUGGCGGCGGAGGCAGCGACGCCAAGACUGGCAAAGCUGUUGCGCGCGAGAAACAAUCCAAGGCCAUCCAUCCGUCGCUGACAAACGGCUACCAUCCUUUAAACAACAUCGCACCUAGGAGAGCAUUAAAUGUCAUAUUUGGUUAUUUGGCUACUGGAAAUCCUCUCAUUUUUAACAUGGCCGAGCCAAGAUGGACGCUCCGGUUAAAGAAUCACAACGUCACCGUUCUACUGCUGGUGUCUCCGGUCGAUGCGUUCGACACUAUCAAAGCCGCUCUAUUAAAAGCGCUUUGGAUUCGUGGGAUAAAAGAGAUAAACGGGAAACCUGUACCAGAUGACGUAGCAAAUAUCGAGCUGGGCGUCCCUCUUGACCGGAAUAACCUAGAGAAGGGCUGGCAACCGCUGACAAUACCUGAUGGCAAGACAGAUAAGGGGGCGGGGAAAGGGAAGAGCAGUGUCUUCAACUCUAGUCCCCAAGGAGCCGAUCUCAGAGAUGCACAGGCUAUUGCAUUCAGAUUUCGGAAAGCAUCAGAGAGGAGCGCAGUCAAGGACGGUGAUCUCGAGAUGGAUCUGGAUGACCCCGGCUGGGAUGUUCUGAUUCCUUCAUACGAUGAUGAAGACGAAGACGAGUGA